CUUGCGAGGCGUAAGCGAAGCGGCCUGGCCGUGGCUGCCCGGUAUGCGAGGACGGCGGGGGCUCUUCUCCGCUGGGGUAUGACCGGCUCGUCCCGCGCCACCAACAAUGGAAGCCCCAUAUGAUGGCAGUGAAGUUACUGUAGUAAUGGAGGAAAUAGAAAGCACAUACACCUUUGCUUCUCCGGUGCCAUCUAAAAAGAAGAAGAAAUAUAGAAGUCCUGGAGAUCAAGGAGAAAAGACUAAGAAGCCCAGAUCUGCGUACCUUCUAUAUUAUUAUGACAUAUACCUGAAAGUUCAGCAGGAGCUUCCACAUCUUCCCCAGUCUGAAAUUAACAAGAAGAUCAGUGAGAGUUGGAAGCUGCUCAGUGUGGCUGAGAAGAGUUAUUAUUUGGAGAAGGCCAAAUUAGAAAAAGAAGGUCUAGAUCCGAACGCAAAGUUGUCUUCCCUGACUGCUGUGGUUCCAGACAUUCCAGGUUUCCGUAAAAUCCUCCCGCGUUCAGAUUACAUAAUUAUCCCCAAAGGCUCUCUCCAGGAGGAGAGAAGCAAGCAGCACUUGGAACUCUGCGUCACCCAGGGCCAAACAGCAUCAGAAGGACUGACAGCUUCUACCAAUGUCACAGGUGUUUCCCACAGCACCGUGCAGAACAUCCUCUCUGUAGAUUCCAGCCACAUUGGCAUUUCUGAGCAGUGCAUUGCCAUUGAAGGGGUUUCAGAAGACCCAGCCUCAUUUGUUCAGUCAGACACAAUAGAAGAAGUUGUUGCAUCGGAGAUCUUGUCUCAUUAUGUCAGACCUGCUGCACACAAAGGGGCUGGAGAUGUUCUCCUGGAUGAAGCCUCUUUGGAAGUAAGCGAUGGCUAUCCCUAUCAAGCAGCUAGCGUGGUUAUUGAAGAGACCCUGGUAAACAGUUCAGAUGCCUCCAAUGGGGGCAUUGCUGUGGCCCAACCACAGUCUUCAGAGGGUCUCUCUGUUGUAGCUGUGGUGACCAGAAGAGACAGAGAAGAAAGUAAUUCGUCAACGCCUACUGCACAGUUCAUUAUGCUACCUCUGCCAGCCCAUUCUGCUUUGGAAAAUCCAACGUCAAUCAAACUGACAACUACCUACACCCGCAGAGGGCAUGGGAAUUGCACCAACCCAGGUUGUACAUUCACAUACGUGACCAGACACAAGCCACCCAAAUGCCCAAUGUGUGGGAACUUUCUGGGAGGCAAAUGGAUCCCAAAGGAGAAGCAGCCUAAAGGCAAAACUGAGCCAACUUCUGGUGUGCCUGUAAAAACAUUGGGGCCCAAAAAAAGUCAGCAGUCAUUAGCCUUAGGACAGGCUGUGGUUCACGACAGUGCCUCCAAAUCUAUGCUUGAGAGCUCCGAAGCAGUUACUCAGCUUCUAAAUGCUGCCACUUCUGGGCAGCAGGUGCAGGAAACGGAAUGGGAAGAAGUGAUCAUCUCGGAGGCUCACAUCCUUGCAAACAACAUGCAGCCAGAGGAGCAAGGAAACGCCACGACUGUUAUUCAACUUCAAGAGGGCAUUGUACAGGCGGAGCCUUUAUUAGAACAGAAGGACAGGGAGAAUGAAGGGCUGGAGGCACAGGCAUUGGUGGAGGUAGUGAGUGCUGCCAGCUCCCUUUCAAAUCCAGCUUCUGCCACGAAACAUCCAACAGGAGCUGAUGCUCUUGGCACUGCAACCAAAGGGCAGGAGCAGAAGAGCAAAGCCAAGCCCAAGCCUUCUUUGCUGGCCGCAGCAAGACCCACGAGGGCAAUUUUGCCUGCUCCUGUCAGUGUGGCAAGAGAAACCAACACAGAGCAGCCCACUUGCAGGCAGCCAUUUACAAACAACGAAAAAAACUCCUGUGUAAGAAUCUCAGGACUGAAGCCUAGCACUCUGAAGCAGCUGGGCCAGUCUCCCCUGCAACCACCCAGUGCUGAAGAGCACAAGCUCCGUGGCAGCACAGACAGCUCAGCAUCUCACGUCAAAGUGGUGGAGGUCAAACCAGAUGUAUUCCCUUCCUAUAAGUACAGCUGCACUGUAACCUUGGACUUGGGGUUGGCCACUUCACGUGGCCGAGGGAAGUGUAAGAAUCCUGCUUGCAGUUACGUAUACACUAAUCGGCACAAACCAAGGAUCUGUCCCAGCUGUGGCUACAAUCUUGCCAAAGACAGGGCUGAGAAAACAGCAAAAUCCCUGGAGGUCACCUCUAGCCCUGCAGAUGUGCUGAACACCAGUGAGCCUCUAAUUCAGUCCCAAAAAGAAGUCCAGCGUCAGUCCACCUUACAGCUUCUUCGCAAAGUAAUACAGAUACCGGAGAACGAAUCAGAGCUGGCUGAUGUUUUUGCACUGAUUCAUGAACUCAAUAGUUCGCGGCUCAUCCUGUCCAAUAUGAACGAGGAGACGGUCACCAUCGAGCAGACCUCUUGGUCAAACUAUUACGAGUUUCCAUCAUCCCAGUGCCUUCUCUGUAGCAGCCCUUUGUUCAAAGGAGGACCAAAUUCUCUUGCGGGUCCUCAAGAGUGUUGGCUGUUGACAGCUAAUCGGCUGCAGGUGGUCACUGCUCAGCUCAAGGUGUGCGUGAAUGUGCAGUGCUUGGCCCUCCACAGCUUCAAUGAUAUAUACACCGGCUUGUUUAAUGUGGGCAACAAGCUUUUAGUGAGCCUGGACCUUCUGUUUACAAUAAGAAAUCAUAUUAAACUUGGAGAGGAUCCUAAAGUGGCAGUCAGCAGCAUCUUGGAAUCGGUGCAGGAGCAGACCGAGAGAAACCUGAGCACCGAGGAGCUAACUCAGCUCGAGGAACUGCUAUGUAAUGGCUAUUGGGCCUUUGAGUGCCUCACUGUCCGAGACUACAAUGAUAUGAUCUGUGGAGUUUGUGGCAUCGCACCCAAAGUUGAAGUAGCCCAGAGGAAUGUGGAAAAUGUUUUGCUACUGAAAAAUAUUGAGUUUACUUGGCCAGAAUUCUUGGCAUCUAGUGAAGUAAACGUGGAAGACUUUUGGUCCACCAUGGAGACGGAAGUGAUAGAGCAGGUGGCAUUCCCCUCCAGCAUCCCAAUCACAAAGUUUGAUGCCUCUAUCAUCUCUCCCUUCUUCCCACCACUGAUGAGGGGCACCGUGGUUGUCAACACAGAGAGAGAGAAGAACCUCGAAGCACAUAUAAUGCCAGGUAAUGCAAGUGCUCUAGUGAGGCUGAUUCAGGACGAAACCUGUAAAAUGGAGCAGAUUGGCUCAUACAGUGAGGAAGAAUUGCAGAAUUUCUUGACCCAGUGCAGCAUUCCCUGGGAGGCAGAGGACUCAAAGGAGCAGCUGUGUCUUUCUCUUCUGGCUCUGUAUGAUUUUGUACAGAAUGGGACACAGGUCAGUCAGCCCCCUGCACACUUCACUGGAGGGAAAGUCUACAAAGUCUGUCCACACCAGGUUGUGUGUGGCUCAAAAUACAUUGUGAGGGGGGAAAGCCCCCGGGACCACGUGGACCUCCUGGCCUCUUCACGCCACUGGCCACCAGUCUAUGUGGUAGACUUGGCCUCCUCUGUGGCAUUGUGUGCAGAUAUCUGCUAUCCUGACUUGACUUCUCAGAUGUGGGGGAGGAACCAGGGCUGCUUCUCUGAUCCCAUGGAGCCAUUAAAGUUUGUGUCUUGCCCAGAACUUCUUGACAGACACUACAAUGUAGAUAUGACCAGUGCUGAACAUUCCAUUCAGCAUCCCGUCACCAAAUCAGCGUCUCGACGAGUAGUUCACACCGGGACAGAGCAGAGCACCCAGGGGGACGCAACAGCUCAGUACCGUUCCCUCUCCGUUUGCCGGGAACUGGAACCCUACGGUGCUAUCAUUACAGCCAUCAAUGACAGCAAAACCAAUAACGUCCAUCAGAGGCCUAUAACCUUUGACAACGCAACGCACUAUUAUCUUUAUAAUCGCCUGAUGGAUUUCCUCUCCAGCCGUGAGAUUGUGAACAAACAGAUUCAUGAGAUUGUACAAAGCUGCCAGCCAGGUGAGGUGGUGAUCCGGGAUACUUUGUACCGCCUAGGUGUGGCCCAGAUCAAGACGGAAAUGGAUGAAGAUGAGGAGAUCCAAGGGGAGGAUGGUGUUGCAUAAUAUAACAUGGUCUGAGGUGUUCAUCUUAGCCAUAGGAAAGAGAGCUAGGCUGCAGAUACUCUGGGCAGCUGUCACUCAGAUACGCCCCAGGCCUGAGCAGCUUUGACAGCUUAUGCUGACCAAAGAGUUGUGUGCUUCCAUUAAAAUCUGGAUUGGGUUUUUGAUCUGCAGACCAGCUAGCUGAAAAGGGGCAGAUUUCUCCUCCCCAGGAGCUACUUGGAAUUCCUAAGCCCGCUGGGAUAGCGUGCUGGAAGGGAGAAGACAAAGGGUUUCCAGUGGCCUGAAAUUUGCAGGAAUGGAUUUGCAGAGGAUCAUCAAACCUGUUUUUUGAAGUGUUGUAUGUUGCUGGGUGUCAGGAUCAAAACAGGAGACGACAGGGAGCCGCAAGCUUGUGUGACUCUCCCAGUAUUAUACCCUGAAGUGGGUGACCAUAAUAGAUCAAUGAGCAUUUGGAGCCCCAGCUGCUACUUGGUUCCGUUCUGAAAAGACUUGAACUUAGACUGACUUUCAGCGCCCGUCAGUGUUUGAAGGGGUGAGAGCAUAUCUGCUCCUCUAACUCAUUCUGGCUCUACCUGAGAAGCUUCUGUGUUUAUUUAGUGGUUGAAAUCCAGAGUGAGCUGAAGUUUGAAUGGCUUCGUGCAUUAAGGUAAGAGCUGGUCUGCCGUAGGUUAUAAUUAUCCUGGCUAGCAUAGUUAUUAUAAAGGUUCUUCAGGGAUUUCUGUGUUUUGGAUGAAGCAUCUGGACUAUUGAUCAGGAGAGGAUUUUCAGGCACUUUACAUCCUAUCCAUAGACUUGAUAGAAGAUUGUCUGUUGCUAUGUCUAGUAACAUUAUAAAGAGUAUUUGUGCAUUGGUAGUGGGAUUCAGUGAACACAACCCAACAAGAGAUGCUUUUAUUAUUUCCCCAGCUGAUACCUGUUAGGGAAGGUGUGCAACACUUACUGCCUGGGCUCUUUGCAAACUAGUAUGUAUGCUCCAUUUCCAACAUUUACAAAACUGACUUGGGCGAAUUUAAUAUGGUUAUAUUCACUCCAACACUUCGUCUUGAGGAGACCAGCAUUCUUCCUCCUGUGUAAUACAUUGAACUGUGGUGUGUAAACUCUUUGUAUUAUUACCCACUGAUUCCCAUUCACUCUUGCCCAUCCAUAAAUCUGGAAAGUGAAAAUGGAUUUCCACUAUAGCUGAAAGCAGGAAAUUCUGGAACAUGGGGGAAGAGUUUCCACUGUUUUACUCAGAUUUGUGGUGUGGUUUUAAAAACUUCCUUCUGUGAAGGAUUCUAGUGUGUAUUGUGCUGUAAAACAAACCACCACCAUAAUGAAUUUUCAAGCAAAGCUUGUGAUUUGCUGUUAAUGCUAAUUUAUGAAAGACACUUUUACAGUCAGUGAAAACUUUAAUAAAUUAUCUCUUCCAGUGUUUGGAGGGUGAAACUA